AUGCAGCUGCUUCCUCUGAGUCUCUGUCUCCUGACUUUGACUGGAUCAACGUUUUCUGACGUAAACGUUGCAGAGAUCAUCAGAGUGACAGAAGGUGAUGAAGCGACUCUGCCCUGUUUCAUCAACAAGAGCAUUGAGUUUGAGCGGUUUGAGUGGAAGAAAGAUAGAAAGAAGAAGGUUUCCCUGUAUGAAGGUGUUCAGUUAUCAGGUCAAGAUGAUCAGUUCAGAGGUCGUGUGUCUCAUUUUGAUGAUGAACUGAAGAACGGUGACGCCUCCAUAACCAUCAGUGAUACUAAAGUGUCUGACAGUGGAUUCUACACCUGUAAUUUCCCAAAUCUUCACCAAACCUUCACCGUUCGUCUUGUUGUUGGUCCAGUGAUCGUCAGAGUGAAAGAAGGCGAUAAUGGGAUUCUGCCCUGUAAAAUCAACAAGGACAUUUCGUUUGAGCUGUUUGAAUGGAUAAAAGAUGGAAAGAAGGACGUUUACCUGCAUGAAGGUAAACCGUUAUCAGGUCAAGAUGAGGAGUUCAAAGGUCGUGUGUCUCAUUUUGAUCAUAAACUGAAGAACGGUGACGCCUCCAUAACCAUCAGUGAUACUAAAGUGUCUGACAUUGGAGACUACACCUGUGAUUUUCCAGAUCUUAAGACCAAACAAACCUCCACUGUUCGUCUUGUUGUUGGUAAAGCUGCAAAGGUUUCCAUCCUAAAACCUGAACAAACUGAGGACGGGUUCCUGCUGCAGUGUUUGGUUUCAGAUGUUUCUCCAGGAUUUAAACUGAACAUCUCCUGGUUCGACGGCUCUGGAAACAAACUUAUUGAACAAAAAAGCAACACAGAAAGUGAAAAACUCCACAUCCUCCAAACUACUGUGAAAAAGAGCGACACUUAUCGCUGUGUAGCAACAAUGGAGGAACUCAGUCAUCAGGUUCAUUCUGAGGUUCAUGUCCAAAUCCCUGAGUCAAAAAUCCCAUUGAUCGUUGGGUUGGUUUGUUUAGCAGUUAUGGCUCUUAUAAUUGUAGCUUGGGCUGGAGUUAUAUAUAAAAACCGGAAGAAAAUGAAACGUAAGUUUAAUGUAUUUUCAUCACUAUAACAUCACAAUGUUUUGUUCCAUCAGCUUCUGUUUGAGCUUUUUAUUCUUCGUCCACUUCAAAUGUUCCUAAAUGUCAAAUGAUGUUCAGACGUCAUUUCUUGCAGCUGAACUGAUGAGGUUCAGGUUGAAUUCUUGUAGAAGUUGAGGCAGAGACAUGAGCGUUGUGUUUCAGACACAUUUCAAUGUUUCCUCUCAUGGUCCACGUUGUGACUGAGGCUCUUUUCCUGUUCAUCAGCUCAGAUCUUAGUAGAAACUAAAGCUGGUGUCUGUGUCCAACUCUGAGCCUUGACUGUAGUUCAGCAGCUUGAGGUGCAGACGGCCUCCAGGAAGCUGAACAUGGACUGAUGCUCUGUCACUGUGACAUCAUCCACAUGUUGAACAUGUGAUCGUUGCUGCAGCAUCAGAGCAGAUACUGAACUCUGAUUGUGUUGAUCUACAUUAUUAUUUCUCUGUUUGGAUUCAGAUUAAGUGAAAAUCAGCCUCCAACAUC